AUGUCGGAUGCGCUGCCGAUCCCAGAAGAAUGGCCCGAGUACAGUAUCGACCCUCAAGGCGGCGAUCCUCUCACCCAGGAUCUCACCUCGCCUUACGAUAAAGGAGAUCUAUGCUGGAUCUUGGUCUGUACCAUUCUGUGCUGGCAAAUCACUCCCGCCAUCGGCUUUUAUUACGCUGGCAUGCAUCGGCGAAAGGCUGCUUUGACCAUGAUCUUCCAGAGUCUCUUCUGCGCAUCCGCAUGCGGUAUUCAGUUCUGGAUCUAUGGAUAUUCGCUGUACCAGUCUCACGCAACCAAUCCCUUCCUCGGCAAUGGGUCGCUGGCCGCUCUUCAUAACGUCCUUGCCCAGCCCUCACUUGCGAACACCGACAUCCCCGAUCUUCUUUACGCAUGUUUUGGUUUCACUUUCGUCACAGCCACCGCUAUGAUCUUGGCGGGAGCCAUGUUGGAGCGUGGGCGUUUGUGGCCCUCCAUGCUGUUCCUGCUAUGCUGGACCACCUUCGUUUACUACGUGCUCGCCUAUUUUGAAUGGAACCCCAACGGCUGGCUGUACCAAUUAGGAGUGUACGACUUUGCCGGCUCGGGACCUGUGCAUAUUGCCUCCGGGUUCUCUGCACUCGCUUGGUCCAUGAUGUUAGGCCCGCGCAUUGCGGACAGCACUAUCGCAGACCGCAAGCGCGGUAUUCACUACAAGCCUCACAAUCCGUUUUUGAUGGGCCUUGGGACAGUCUUCAUCUGGUUCGGAUGGUUUGCGUUUAAUGGUGCCAGUACCGCCAACUUGUCCCUGAGAAGCGUGUACGUCGUCAUCAAUACUAACCUUGCUGCUUGUGGCGGCGGCAUCGGCUGGGUUCUUCUGGAGUACUUGUACAGCGGCAAGUUCUCCAUUUGGGGCUUCUGCAGCGGCAUCAUCUCCGGUCUCGUGGGCAUCACUCCCGCCGCAGGCUUCGUUCCCGUGUACACCGCCGCUCUCGUGGGACUGAUGACGUCCUCGUGCUGCUUCUUCACCAACAAAUACAAGUACCUGCUCAGCAUCGACGAGGGUCUCGACAUCUUCGCCAUCCACGGCGUCGGCGGCUUCGUCGGCGACAUCCUCACCGGCUUCUUCGCCGCCAAGUUCGUCCCGGCCCUGGACGGUGUGUCUGGCGAUUCCUACGACGGCGGCUGGUGGGAUCACAACUGGAAGCAGAUGGGCUACCAGCUCGCCGCCGCGACCACUUGUGCCGUCUGGUCCUUCACUAUCAGCUGCAUUCUGCUAUUCAUCAUCAACAAAAUCCCCGGCUGCCACAUCCGCGCCAGCGAAGAAGACGAGAUCAAGGGCUUGGACUUCAAGUACCUGCACGACGUGGACGAGGAGCAGGAGAGCAGGCUCUUCGGCAUCGGGAGCGGUGGCGUCGGUCACAUCACCGGCGCGGCUCCCAACGAGGGCGUGGGGAUCCUGAGCGGCAGCCCGGAGGGUGGGAGCACGCCCAGCAGCACCAAGGAGAAGGAGAGGGAGUCCGUGCAGCCUGCGAAGCGGGAUUGA